AGAGAGAGAGGAGAGAGAGAGAGAAGAGAAGAGAGAGAAAGUGGGGAUUAAUGGAAAUUGAAAGCAGCAGUAGCAGUAGCAGUGCCCUCCACUCUUGUUGCGGAGAAUUUCCUGUGGAAACCAUUAAUGUCAAUUCUGUAAAUACCAUACCAAAUUACCAACCACCACCUGCUUCAUUCACUCACUCCCCUCCCCCCAUCAACAAUUCCAUUAACCUUUUUUUUCUCACUCUAAAAAUUCAGGUAGAGCGAGAAACUCCGAAUAAUUCCACUUAUUUGGGGAUAGAGAUCGAAUUCUAGUGAGAGAAAACGAUGACCACUGAAGAAAACAACACACCGCUGCAUCAUACGAUUAUUCCUACAUCCGAAAGAGAACCAGCUCUUCCAAUUAUCCCUAAGAUGGACGAAUCCUCGGGUGUGGCCAAAGAAACAUCGCAGGGGAAACAGUGGAAAAAGCCGAAUCUAUUCUUGGAGAUACCGAACAGAACAUCGGAAAUGCCUCUUCAAGAAUUCGUUCAAAUAAACAUGCCUCCAUUAACAACUCCCACCCCGAAAAGAGUGAACUUCUUUAUAUCUUCGAGCCCGUCUUCCGACUCAAGACUAACUGCACCCUCAUCGACCAGAGGGAAAUCUUCAUCAUCUAUCAGAAGCCUACUGCCUAAAUUGAGCUUCAAAUUUCGGGGUUCUGAUUCAGAUUUGGAGAAGGCUGAGUCAGCUCCUUCGACUGUGGCUAAUCAAGGUAAUAAGCCGCCAGUUUCGAGGUCAUGGUCGUUUUCGAAGAUAUUUACACCUAGGAUGAAGAGGACUUCGUCUUUGCCUGUGUCUCCGUUUGAAAAUCAAGAUCAAGACAGUGCUCAUGGUGGGAGGAUAAACAGUCAUCUCACACUUGAUAAAAAAGAAGUUCCGCACAUGCCCCGCUCAUUUUCUUUACCCGUAAUCAACAAGGAAAAAGCCAUCCAAAAAUCGAAUUCUUUCUUCCGUGUCACUCUCUCAACUCCAAGAACGAAGGAUGACAACAUCUCUCAAGAUUUGUCAAUUGCCACAACACAACACAAUGCGAAUGAAGGUGAUCAAGAUAUACCUGAAGAAGAAGCCGUUUGUCGAAUCUGCUUCGUCGAACUAUGUGAAGGCGGAGAAACCCUAAAGAUGGAAUGUAGCUGCAAAGGCGAACUCGCUUUAGCUCAUCAAGAAUGUGCCUUAAAAUGGUUCUCAAUUAAAGGUAACAAAACAUGCGAUAUUUGCAAUCAAGAAGUUCGAAAUCUACCCGUCACGCUUUUACGUAUUCAAAGCUGUGUAAACAAUCGCAAUGCUGCAAGGCCAGCUAAUUUCGGAGACAUCGAAUUCAGCGGUGUCAGGGUUUGGCAGGAGUUUCCUAUUCUUGUAAUUAUCAGUAUGCUGGCUUACUUUUGUUUUCUCGAGCAGCUAUUGGUGAAGAAAAUGGACACAAGUGCAAUUGCUAUAUCACUUCCAUUUUCUUGCGUACUUGGCAUCCUUUCUUCUGUAACUUCUGCAACUAUGGUGAGGAGAAGAUUUGUAUGGUUGUAUGCAUCGAUUCAAUUCGGUCUCGUGGUUCUCUGUGCUCAUAUCUUCUACGAUUUGGUUCAUGUGCAAGCAGUUGUAUCGGUCCUUCUAUCGACAUUUGCUGGAUUUGGUGUGGCGAUGUGUGGAGCUUCGAUUCUCGUGGAGUUUCUGAGAUGGAGAGCACGCCAUGGGGCCCACAGGGCCGUCUCGAAUCGAGUGGAAAAUCCGGAAAAUCUUAAUCGGAGCUAAUUUAAUGAAAUGAAAAUUGAGAUAAUUGCAGUUUCUGUAAAGAGAUGAAGAUGGAUUUUUCCUUCCAUUGAACUUAUUUAUUAUGUACAUAGAAUGAAUUUCAGACAGUUCAUAUUUAUGGUAUUUUUAAGACUGGAAGAUUAGAAUGGAAGAUUAUUUAUAUAUCUAUAAGUUCUUUU